AUGACAAAAUGCGGAAUGAGAAGAAAAGAAAGGAAUGUGUUUUUUUUCUGGUACCAUAAGAGAAGCGUUUUUGUGCCAAGUCAGAAGGAUGUAGCAAAAUUAUCAUCUAAGAGCUUAGGGAAUUACGCGUUCGAUAUUUUAAGACUGUCAAAUGAAAAUAAGGGUAUAUAUGAAGUAUUUAAAAAAAGGGUAAAGAACGAAAUAAAUUCAUUUGAUGCAAAAGAUUGUUAUAGAAUAUUAAAAUCUUUGGAAAUAAAUAACAAAUUAAAUGAAGAAGAGGAUAUGAUAAAAAAUAUAUUACACCAAAUAUCAGUACAGACAUGUAAAUAUUCAAUUAAAGAAAUAUGUGACAUUUCUUUUUUGUGUGCAAAACUAAAUUUAAUAUAUAUCCCAUUAUAUGCAUCGUUAUCCAUUUCAUUUUUGAAUAAAAUAAACUUAGCAACUCCUCAAAAUUUAUCAAUUUUAUGUUUAAGUUUUUGUAAAGUUCAAAUAAAAGAUGUAAAUCUUUUUAACAGGAUAACCAUUGCAACUAUGAAUAUACUCCACAUGUUCGAUGUGGAGAAUUUACUAAAUGUGUUGAUUUCUUUUGCUUAUCUGGAUAUGAAAAAAGACAUGCUUUUACAUUCAUCCAUAGACAUUUUUGUAAAAAAUCAAAACAAGUUAAAUGCUGAACAGGUGAUAAAAAUCGCACAUGUAUACUCCAAAUUCGGGUUUGUAAAUAAGGACAUCAAUAGUAUACUUGAAGACAAGUUGCCUUCAUUAAUUCCACACUUAGGUAAUGUACAAUUGGCGGAUUUAAUAAUUUCAUUAAAAAAAUUAGGAAUUCACUCACAUACCAUAAAUAAUUUUUUUACAAAAGUAAACUUACCCCAGUUAACAUUUUCAGUUGCAAUUAAGGUAAUAAAUAUAUUAUCUAGCAUAAAUAAUAUCAAUAUAGAAUUUAUGUAUGAUCAAAUUUUAUUCUGUGUGAAAAAUUUUCUUCGUACACAUGGGAAGAAAAGUUACCUGAACGGCAAGGUAAGUGACAACUUUUUGCAAAAUUUAAAAAAAUCAUAUCAUAUAAAAAAUAAUAGCACGAAUAUUUUAAAAACCGAAAGUUCUAGUAAAACAUUUGUUAAAAAAGACAAUGAGGAUGUUAAUGUACCACCGAUCAAAGAUGAAUGGGGAAAACAAAUUCUAUUGAAUCGUUUUGUAGGUGAAUAUAACCCUUUUGAAGAUACAAAAAAUAGUAGCGAACUAUUUCAUGGCCAAUUUUUAGAUAAUAAUUUAGAAGAAGCCCAUUUAUGUGGAAACGAAAUAGAAAAUGCAAAUUUUUCAGAAGAGGAAUUAAACAACUAUUACAUGCAACAUAAUUUCAAAAAAAAAUUAACCCCUAAUUUUGUAUGUUAUUUGAGUGUAGAUAUUUUUGAAGGUCUAGUAAAUCUUCUGUUACAAAAUUGUGUAAAUGAGUAUGAGAAAAUGUUAAAAAAAAUUUUAAACUGUAUAAGUAAAGAAAUUAUUUUUUUAAAAGAGUACAUAAAUUUUAAUAGCUUAAUAACAAUUUUUUUGUCUUUACGUAAAAUGCCAAUAAUAUGGAAUUUAUCACUGUUAAAUAUGAGUAUACUGAAUUCGAGAAAAGUUAAAGAAAAUUGCAUAUUUUAUAUUGACCAAGAUAAUGACUUUUAUGAACAAUUGGUAAAACGAUAUUUUUCUAUUUUCCACACAUCAGAAAAUGUAGAUAAUCAUAGUUUGAUACUUUGUUUUAUUAUUAACUUAGUAAAUGAUGAGAUGAAACAAAAGUAUGGCAAUUUGUUUAAAAAAAGUUUACAACAUUAUGCACUGAUUAGAACGAGAUGUAAAAAUCAACAGAUAGGAUAUCCUAUAGAAGAUCAGAGUGUGUAUAAUUUUGUUGAAUAUUGUUAUAAAAGCAUAACUCUAUGGGAAAGAAACAGAAUCUACUUUGGAGAAGAUGCAGAUAUAGCCACUACUGAAGUGGAUGUAAUGACCGAGAAAGAUUCGCAUGCUCCCUAUACGUAUCCUUAUGAUAUGAGAAACACAGAAUCAAACAGAAUUCUGACGUUAGAACUAUUUGGAAUUGUUUAUAAUUUCACGAAAAAUUUGAAGAUAAGCUUUAAGGAUGAUAUUUACACUAUUUCGUUACUUGAGUAUGACAACUAUAUAGCAUAUAUGUUUUUAGAGCCAAGUGAUUUUUUUUAUUCUUCUACACAGGCAUCAGAAUUGGAUUCUGUGAUGUCCCAAUUUAUGAACACUAAGCUAAGGGGAGAAGUAAAUGCACAACGUGAAACCAUUGAUGGUCACAUCAAACUAGACGAGACGAGCACAGAACAAGAGAAACUCAAAAUGAGAAAUAUUCAACAAGGGGAGAAAAAUAAGCUUCUUUUAAUCUGUGAUAUGUUGUACAAUCCAUAUGAAAUAUUUUACAACGAUAAUUAUUUUAUUAAGUCAGAAGUAUUAAUAAAAAUAAAUUACUUUCUAAUCAAGGGAUAUUAUAUAAUAGCAAUACCAUUUUAUUCCUGGAGAUGUAUGACUUAUGAAGACAAGGUGCGUUCCAUUUCUGCUAAUAGGAAAAAUCUCCUACAUCGGGCAAGGUAA